UAACCAACAAGCUCACCAUGGCAGAGUCGCGCGAAGCAGGGAAUCUCGCCGAGGUAAACCCCUCAUCUGAAGUACAGCAUUUGCCAUCCCUGAAAUUUAAAAUGCACUACCACCCAUAUCCUCCUAAGAGAGGCAUCGAAACUGCGAGCAUCCAUAUGCCCCGGUUCUGGUUCUGGUGCUCCUCUCGUCGGAUGAUACGGUCUUCCUCAGUCCGCAAGCUCGUCGUCGCCGUCGUCGCUGCAUGCAUCGUCGUUUUGUCUUUCGUGGUGGACCUGAGAUAUUCGGAGGUCUUGCCGUGUGGAUUUGACCGGUCGCGGGUCGCACUGGAAAGGCCCUGGGAUCCGUGGCAUCCACACCCACUUCCACGGUGUGCGAAUACAUGCCCUCGGCUCGAUUCGGGUGGAUUGCCUCCCUAUCUAUCUCCCGCACUUGCCCAAGCGCCUAUCAAAUCAAAUUCCCUAAUAUCGUCAGAGUCAGAGUCGGAGGAGCUGCAACCUCAUCAGUACGGUGCAGAUGGCUUGCUUAUCGUCAACGCAGAAGGCCCCCACCCCAUUUUCGAGCUGAUGAAGCGUGCUGAGGCUUCCUGGCGUUCAAAGCUCGAUCGCGCCAGCAAGACCCUAGACGAAGCUGUCGCAGAAUACAAAAGACGCUAUCAUCGUGCUCCGCCCAUGGGGUUCGAUGUUUGGUGGCGUUACGUCGUCGAGAACAAUGUCCAGUUGCCAGACGAGUACGACCAGAUAUACCACGACCUGGAACCCUUCUGGGGACUCGACCCUCUCGACCUGAGUGCUAUUCUGACGCAGCUGGAGGUCGAUGAGGGGGUUAUCACCAUUGGAAAACACCACCCCACCGACCCUAUCACCGUCUUCAAUACCACUCUACCAGAAAAUCGGCAGAAACUGCUUACAGAGAUGGUGAGCAAUGUGUUGGAGGUGGUUGAGGGGGUACAGUACGAUAUACCCCCGUUUCGGGCUGUGUUCUCCCCGUACGAUAAUCCGAGCAUGCUUUCGGAGUACACGGUCAAGGCUAUGGCUCUUGAGGCUGCUGCUGCACGUACUUUUAUCAACGUCAGCGAUCUGCCACCUAUAAAAACUCGGGGAUGGAUACAGGCGUGUUCACCGUCAUCUCCUGCGCGUCAACAACCCAUAGACCUCGACGCUCCGCCCUCACCGCCCUCAAAGAAGAAGAAGACAUUCAUCUUCGACCAUUACCUCUCCAUGGACCCCUGCCUCCACCCAACCCUCCUAUCCCACCACGGCCAAUUCCUCUCCCACAACCAAGGUCCCUAUCCACAAAAAGCGCUCGUCCCGCGAUUCUCCCAGUGCUCCACGCUACUCCACCACGACAUCCGACCUGCAACGCUGUAUAAUUGGGUCGACGAUAUCCUCCCGCGCAGUAAUGAUCCGCCGUGGUACGAGAAAGUGGAGGAUAGACUUGUGUGGCGCGGCACGAAUACGGGUAUUUAUCAUGCUCCCGGGACGCGCUGGCGGGAUGCACAUCGUGCGCGUCUUGUGAGUUGGGCACAUGAUUCGUCGGGUUCGGCUUCCCUUCUUCUUCUUACCAGUCGUAGUGCAGAGAAGGAGAAAGUCGGUCGGGGACAGGAGAUUAGCAAGUCGCACAUCAAUCCUGCGCUGUUGGAUAUCGAGUUUGCGGGGAAGAGGGUAGGGUGUGCGCCUGAGUUUUGUUCUGUGCUAGAUGGGGAGUUUGAGUGGCGAAAGCGGCAGACGAUUAAGGAUUCGGGAAAGUACAAGUAUGUACUUGACGUUGAUGGUAACGGCUGGUCUGGUCGUUUCAAGCGUUUGCUCACAUCCAAUUCGUUGGUCUUCAAGUCGACGAUAUACCCUGAAUGGUUCAUAGACCGCAUUGAACCUUGGGUACACUAUAUACCUGUCCAAGUCGAUCUAUCCGACCUGUACGACUGCCUAGUAUUCUUCCGCGGCGGUCUGUAUGGGGAAGGCGCACACGAAGAGCAUGCACAGAGGAUUGCGAACGCUGGGCGGACGUGGAGCAAGAGGUUUUGGAGGAAGGAAGACAUGACGGCUUAUAUGUUCCGUGACUGUGAUACCUUUGUCCGCUGUUACUGGUACGGGCAAGUGUGCCUGUGCAUGUGUCUUUUGAGAUCAACUCCACCUCUAGAAGACGACACGCAUGGCAACGAUGGUCUGGUACCGAGUAACUCUCGUUCAAUCAGACUAGUCGCCCUCGCCGCCUCUAUCGUCGUCAUCUCCGCCGUCGUCAAAUAUCCCCAAAUCAUCUUCGCUUCCGACAGAUCAAAAACCGUACAAGACCCUGUCAAUUUUCAGGCAUGCGUGUCUGGCGCUCAGCUUGAUUCGGCGUCUUCGCUUUCGCCGCCGCCAUUGGAUUUGCCUGCGCUGGAAGAAGAGGAAGAGGACGGGGAGGCGAGAGGGCUGCAGCCACAUCAUUACGGCGAUGAUGGCCUGCUUGUCGUCAACCUCAAUGGGCCUCACCCUAUUUACGAGCUCAUCAAGCGUGCAGAGGCAUCUUGGAACGCCAAGCUAGAUCGUGCUAGCAAAACUUUCGAACAAGCCAUUGCAGAGUAUAAAAAACGCUACCAUAGGCCUCCCCCCAAGGGCUUUGAUCUCUGGUGGGACUACGUCGCGAAACACAAUGUCCAGCUACCCGACGAGUACGACCAAAUCUACAAAGACCUCGAGCCCUACUGGGGCAUAGACCCCCACGACCUUGCCUCCAUCCUCUCCCACCUCGAAAAUGACAAGGGCGUGAUCGUGAUCGGCAAACGCCCCUCCAACGACUACAUCACCGUCUUUAACUCCACUCUUCCGCCAGACCGCCAGGGCCUGCUGGCGGCGACGAUCAAGGAUCUGCUAGAGGUCAUACAGGGAGUUCAGCAGCAUAUACCUCCCUUUCGCGCUGUGAUGUCUCCGUAUGACAAUCCUGGGAUGCUUUCAGACUAUAGGAUCAAGUCUAUGGCGCUCGAGGCGGCUGCGGCGCGGACAUUUAUCAACAUCAGCACUCUACCACGCAUAGAAACCGAAGGAUGGAUACACGCUUGCUCUCCCUCCUCUCCCGCCCACCACACCCCUCUCUCCCUCACCUCUCCUCCUGUCCCUCCUCCCACCAAACGCUUCAUCUACAACCACCCCCUCAGCAUGGACCCCUGCCUCCAUCCCUACCACCUCACCUCCCACGGCCAAUUCCUCUCACACGACGCCGGCCCCUUCCCCCAAAAAUCGCUUGUCCCCCGGUUCUCCCACUGCUCUACGCUGCUACAUCACGACAUACGCCCCGCGCUCGCUUAUAACUGGGUGGAGGACAUUUUGCCAAGGAGCGACGAUCCGGAGUGGGAGGAUAAGGUGGAUGAGAGGCUGUUGUGGAGGGGGAGUAAUACAGGGAUAUUUCAUGGACCUGAGACGCAUUGGCGGUAUGCGCAUCGCGCGAGGCUUAUCCGCUGGGCGCAUGAUCUCGCUGGCUUCACCUCCCUCCUUCCCUCCCCCCCUUCUCCGACCGAGAGAGUCGGAGAGCUGGUGGAGAGCAAGAAAGCUUAUUUGGGCCCGGCGCUGCUGGAUAUCGAGUUUGCUGGAGAGCCGAUUGGAUGUGACCCCGAGGUGUGUCGUGUUUUGGAUGAGGUGUUUGAUUGGAGAAGGAAGCAGAGUAUUAAGCAGGCGGGGAGGUAUAGAUAUAUUUUAGACGUCGAUGGGAACGGCUGGUCCAGCCGUUUCAAACGUCUCCUCACCUCCAACUCUCUCAUCUUCAAAUCGACAAUAUACCCUGAGUGGUUCACAGACCGCAUCGAACCCUGGGUGCAUUACAUCCCCAUCCAACUCGACCUCUCCGACCUCUACGACGCUCUCGUCUUCUUCCGUGGGGACCCAACAGGCGCCGGCGCCCACGAAGACUUGGCAAGGAGGGUGGCGGAGGAGGGGAGGAGGUGGAGUAAGGGAUUUUGGAGGAAGGAGGAUUUGACGGCUUAUAUGUUUCGAUUGUUCUUGGAGUAUGCAAGAGUGAUGAGCGUGGAUCGGGAUGCGAUGACUUUUACCGAGGAGAGUUAAAAUUAGAUGAGUGACAGUUGAGUUAACUCACGUCGUGGACCACCUGCGAUCUCGUCGUCUGCAUGUUGGUGGGUGGGAGGGAGUUUGACGGAGGGAGGGAAAGAUAAUACUUAAGAGAAGUGGGCCCGGAUUGUGGUUUUGUGGUUUUGUAUGAUAGUACAAAUCCCUUUGAUAGAUAUGCGCUAGGGCAGAUUGAUGA